AUGGAUUUCGCUGAAGAACUUAAUUUUUCAGGCUUACCCCGCCAAAACUCCGGCCAUGGAGGAGGAGGUCAUAUGACAAUGGGGUUGGUUUUUGGUGGUUGGUCAGGUGGUUCCAGUGCAUUGACUACCAUCAAGAAAGCUAAUUUCAGAACAUGGAUCAGCAAUGCUAGGAAUGCUAUU